GACAUAUAACAGAGGGACCGCUGACUUCUUUCGAGAUUCUCGGAUUUUUUCCCCCAUUGCGUCAGAGUCCGAGUGUUCCGAACGAGCUCGAUGUUAAAUUUUUCGCAGCGCCCUCACCGGGAGUCAUGGUAAAUAAACAAAUAUAAUGGCGGAUUGAAGUUUUUACUAUAUUUUGGGCAAUGGGUGGUAAGCAUUGCUGCGUGGUCGGCUGCCACAACUCAAAUGAAAAGACGAAAAACAAUUUAACGCGCAUCAGUUAUUUUUCUUUCCCCCAGGACAAAGAAUGGCGAUCAAAAUUGAUAGCAGCUGUCAAUCGCAGUGAUAGAUUUUUUAAUCCGAACACUUCGCAUAUUUGUUCGGUGCAUUUUGAGGAAAAGAAUUUAUUGUUUCACGGCAAAGGUUUCAAACUAAUUCCUGGGAGUUUGCCCACAUUAUAUAUGCCAAAGAAAACUAUAGAAACACCCUGUCCUCCGCCCAGACAUCCACCGACGAAACGUCCAUCACCACCUGUCCCUGAGAGAGUGACCUAUUUAUCUCUGUCUGAUCUACAGAAAAGUAUUCAUGUUAAGGACCUUCAUGGCUGGAGUAUUCUGAAGACAGAUGACAACAUCCUUGUUUUUGGAAUGUAUGACCAGACAUCAAGAUCACUGGAAAAGACAAUUACAGUAGACAUUAACUUAAAUGUCAUUGUCCGAUUUGGGGAUCUCAAAGAUGUUCUGGAGGUUUGAUCUCAGAUGAAUCCACACCCGUCUGCUCAGCCUGCACUAGUUUACGUGGGAGCGCUAGUGAUGGAAAAUCAUCGACUAUGCAGAUCACAGUUCACCCCAAAACACCACUCUCUCGCCUGUCCAAAGAGGACUUGAUUAAGGAAGUCAAGGCAUCCAGAUAUAGUUUCAGAGAAAUUCAAGCUCAAGUACAAUCCCUGACAAAUGGUAUGACGGAGACAGUAACAAAUGAAGUGGGAGAGGGACUUUAUUCUUCAAUAGAAAACAAUCCUCCAGAAGACAACUUUUUGGAAUUGUUUUGGAAGGAGCAGAAAAAGGCAUUUCAAUCCAAUCCAAAGGGUAUGAGGUGGCAUCCCAUGAUGAUACGAUUUGCCAUUUUCUUGCAGUAUCAAAGUUCUCGAGCAUAUGAGGCCAUUAAAGAAUCUGGUGUUUUAAAACUACCAAACAAAUCAACAUUGAGGGACUAUACCAAUGUUAUAACACCAGCAACUGGCUUUCAACCACAUGUGUUUGAGGAACUAAGAAAGAUCGCAGCAGACCUUCCCUCCGAGAAGAGAUUUGUUGCUCUCCUUCAUGACGAAAUGAAAAUAAAGUCCGACCUGGUGUAUGACAGACGGAGUGGCCAAGUCAUCGGAUUCACAAAUCCAGAUACUUGGACAUUCAACGAGGAUGAGUCAAUGAAAAUUGCAACCCAUGUGCUGGUUUUCAUGGUUGUUGGCAUUAAUUCCCACAUAAAAAUGAGUAUUGGCCAUUUUCCUACCAGAACUUCCACUGCCGAUGAAUUAUAUCCUCUCUUUUGGAGUGCUGUGGCAUACUUAGAAAUGACAUGUGAACUGAAAGUCAUAACAUCAACUAGUGAUAAAGCCUCUGCCAAUCAGAGGUUGUAUCGAAUACACAAAGUAGGAAAUGAACCAGUUGUCUUCAAAACAAAGAAUGUAUUCACUGAGGAGGACAGAUAUAUUUAUUUUAUCUCUGAUGCUCCCCACCUUGUGAAGACAAUAAGAAACAAUGUCUACAGAUCAAAGACAGGUGGAUCAAGGUACCUCUGGAAUAAUGGUCGGUUCAUUCUGUGGUCUCAUGUGAUGGAUAUAUAUAAUGAUGACACAAGGGGCCAGUUGUACAGAACAAAACUAACCCAUGAUCAUGUGUACCUGACACCAUCUUCCACCAUGUCUGUCAAACUGGCAGUUCAGGUUUUAAGUAACUCUGUGGCACAGGUCAUGCGUGCUUAUUAUGGCCCAGAGGUGUCAGAGACAGCUAGGUUGUUCAGUUUGGUGAACCGAUUUUUUGAUUGCCUGAAUGUGCGGUCAUUGAGGGAGUCUGUGUUCCAGAGAAAACCAGAUGUAGCACCCUACACUUCACAAAAUGACCCAAGAUUUCAGUUCCUCGAGGAUGAAGUCUUAGAAUAUUUCAAUCAGUGGAUCAUUUCUGUGAGGUCCCGACCAGGCUAUAAGAAGACGGAGCAGAACAAAAUGUUCAUUUCGUAUCAAACUCAUGAGGGCAUUAUCAUGACAGUGAAAUCCUUCAUUGAGGCAACAAGAUACCUGCUUCAACAGGGGGUGCCAUAUGUUUUGAGCAAUGUCUUCUGUCAGGACCCACUUGAAGAGCACUUUGGUCGCCACAGAGGAUUGGGUACUCGUCAUGACAACCCAACAAUUCACCAGUUCGGUUACCAAGAAAACCAACUUCGAAUUCAGAGGAGCUUAGCCUUCAACUUUGUGCCCAAAGGAAACACUGCAGGAAGGGCAGGAGAAAAAAGACCCAUUGUCAUAACAAACAGUCCCUUAAAACGCUUAAAACAUAACUAAAAGAAGCUUACUUAACAAAGUUGUAUAUAUAUCCAAUUCUGUAUUUGAAAAUCAAUGUUAAUUAUGUCUCCCCUCUUCUGGGGGAAGACAUUGUUUUUGUACUUUCUGUCCGUCUGUCUGAAAAUCUUGAAAAUGCUUCUCCUCCUGUAUGACUUGUUAGAUACACUUGAAAAUCUCUGCAAUGCUUCAUUGUCAUUUGUAGAUGUGCACAUUGUCGGAAAAUGAGGAUCCAAUCAUUUUCGAAAAAGUUAUGGUGGAUCUAAGAUGGGUAGAGGGUUGAAAAUUCUUGUAUAUGUUUACAUUAUUUUGACCCAAGUGUUCAGUAAUUUCUUCAAUUUACAGUGGAUCAAAGAAAACUGUUUUAUAGCUCAUUAUUUUUAUUUAAUGCACGACAUUGGUCACAUCAAUGUUGAAUGCAGUACAUUAAAGGGGGUGGGUAGGUGUAGUUUAGAGCACUUUUAAAUUGGGGAAGAAAAACAAAUCAUAAUAUCUGGUCAACAUAUACAUGUAGUGCUUUUGCUUGUUAGCAGUUUUUGUAUAUUAGUAGUUGUUACUGUUGAACUUUGAAACAUUUGCUGUUUUGUUUUGUUUUCUGUUUUAUAGUUACCAAGAAAACCAACUUCAGUUCAGAGGAGCUUAGCCUUCAACUUUGUGCCCAAAGAAAAUACUGCAAAAAGGACGGGAGAAAAAAAGACUCAUUGUUAUAACAAACAGUCCAUGAAAACUUAGCUGUAAUAAACACACUGACAAAAUUGCAUGAUUAUUUUUGAAUUUGAAAAUCAGUCAAUACAUUUGCGUAGAGCUUUUUGCUUGCUAGCAGAUUUUGUUCUUAAGUAGUAAAUUUCCAUGAGUUGUCUGCACCUAGCAUGACAUCUUACUCUGUGAAAUAUUGAUAGCAUUGUGAAAAAUAAUUUCUCUUGCAUUACCACAUCUGAUUCUGAAUGAUAAGUGCAAUCAUAGAACAUGGACAUAGCGUCAUUUUCUCGACAAAUUGUAUUGGUGAACUGUUGAAGUGUUGGAACUGACACUGCUGUGCAUGAAUUUCUAAACACAAGUUCUAAAACUACAAAGAAAUUUAUCGCUUCAGAAGAGGGCUGGGUUAGACCACCUCUGGAUUUUAUGGAAAUUAAUUUAGUGUUUCCGUCUGUGUCAAUGAGUUUGCUCAUAUAUUUUUUGACAUCAAAAGAAGAGGACAAUUUUUGUUUGCAUCGAAACAAUACGAAGCCUGCAAUGUAUGCAAUAAUAUCUCUCUCCCCAAUUCUCAGGACAUUUUUUGUGUCUAAUUUUACAGAAGAAUUCGAAGAUAGUGUAUUCUCUCUAAUAAUUUCUUCAGCUGUUCUAAUCGAUAUGAAAGCUGACAAUUGUUGCUUGUUUACAACUUUUUGAAGUUUCUGCACAACAUCUGCCUGUAUGAGAUGGAAAUUAUGCCAGGCCUUUUCCUUGGCUGCACUAGAGAAUACUUCUGCCUUCAUGAUGGUGUCUAACUGCUGAAGAGCUGGAACCAAGUCAGCAGCUGUAAAGGACAGUUGUUAUGUUAAUUUCAUACAAUAACAACAAAGUUUUAACAUAUGAGUUAUUAACUGUUUGACAUUUCCAUGAAUUAUUUGUAAAAUAUUUACAUCCAUAUUGUAUAUAAAUCAUAUAAGUAUAACAAGAAA